UCGCUUAAUCCGCGCAUAGAUGGCUGCAGUGUUUUGACCCACGGCGCGAGCCUUAGGCACAGUCUCCUCCGGCCUCCGUAGCCGGGUAUCCCAGUGAACAAGCUCCAAAGCCUGGUUCCACUAUGUCGGACGACGAGGCCUGGCGGAGCGGGGGCUCCCCGGAGGCCAGAGCGGCGGCUGUCAGCGACAUCCAGGAGCUGAUGCGGCGCAAGGAGGAGAUCGAGGCGCAGAUCAAGGCCAACUAUGACGUCCUGGAGGGCAAAGGCGUGGGGAUGGAUGAGCCACUGGUGGACUGCGAGGGCUACCCGCGCGCGGACGUGGACCUGUACCAAGUGCGCACAGCCCGGCACAACAUUGUCUGCCUGCAAAAUGACCACAAGGCUCUAAUGAAGCAGGUGGAGGAGGCCCUGCACCAGCUGCAUGCCCACGACAAGGAGAAGCAGGCCCGGGACCUGGCCGAGGCCCACAGGGAGGCCCUGAGCCGCAGGCCAGGCCAGGAUGAGAGCCAGGGGCCCCUGCAGGCCUUCGCCAGGGUGAACAGUAUCAGCGCUGGCUCCCCGGCCAGCUUCGCGGGCCUGCAGGUGGACGAUGAGAUCAUGGAGUUCGGCUCUGUGAACGCGCAGAACUUCCAGUCGUUGCAGAACGUGAGCAGCGUGGUCCAGCACAGCCAGGGGAGGCCCCUGAACGUGACCGUGAUCCGCAGAGGGGAGAGGCAGCAGCUGCGGCUGGUCCCGACGCGCUGGGCAGGGAAAGGCCUACUGGGCUGCAACAUUGUUCCUCUGCAAAGAUGACUGUUCCGGGGAGCAGGGAGAGCUCCGCUUUCCAUGCCCUGGACCUGGCGCCCCCAUUCUCCCUGUGCUCCGAAGUCCCUGAUGAUCUGGUGGCCGUUGUGAACUUUGGGCUUUGUGUGAACAGUCUGUGCUCAGCAUCUCUUACAGAUCCCAACACCAUUUGCGGCCGGUGGGGAGCUGGGCAGGAAGGUGUUGAUGCGACUUCAUUCUAGUAGGAAUUUCCUUUCCCCACAUGCAGCUGUGAAGCGCCAGUGCAACCACGGCAUCACCUGGCCGCAUUCUCCUGAGCAUCUCCAGCCGAAGGGCUCUCGGCCUGGACACCCUGAGCAGAGCUGAGCCGCCACACUCUGGCAGUGUCUUUGUUCCUGAUUUCACUGCUUUGGCGGAGUAGCGUCUCUGUGGCAGACCCUCCCAGCCAUGCCCCAGGGUCAGCGUUUUUACAGACUCGGUGUGCUCCACUGCCGAUCUGAUUGGAAGGGUUUGCAUCUCAGACUGCCUGAAGAUGCUGCUUGCUUUCUUCUUCCUUUCUCUGUUGAGAUGCUAAGUUCAUUCCUCGGACUCCACCUCUGAAUUCCUCCCCGUCUUCAUUGUACCCUUGUGUUUAUUGGCCCCGCUUGUAGACCGCUUCCUCUUUCUUGGAGAGGCCUGGACAACUGCCACGGAGCCUGUACCCUGUGGGGUGCCCGGCUCAGACUUGGGCCCCACCGGCACUGCUCCCCCAAGUGUGGCAGGCCUGCCGUGCCAUGUUUACCAGGGUUUCCUGUUUGGUGCGAGUUUACGGUCUGUGCUGUAAUAAAGUUGGUACUGUCCAGUCCCACCUGAGAGGUGAGCGUGUGGGUCGGCCGUGGGGCAGUGGCCCGUCCCCUGCUAACAUGACAUCGGGCGAACAGGUUCCACACCCUCCUCCAGCUGGCUUCCUGCGGGCUCAGGCCUGGGAGAUGCAGUUCCACGCAGGAGGACCCUACUAGUACCAGGCUGGUUCUGCAGAAGUGCUUUUGGAUAAAAGCAGCGAGGUUGUGCACCUUCUGUGAUUCAUUCCCAGCCAACUAAAACUUUCUGUACUGUCACCGCCCGGAUGAGGCAGAUAGGACAGAUGUGUGUUGCAUCUAUGGGACCAGGAAAAGGAAUUUGCUCUUGGCAGAGAUUUCUUUUUUUGGUUGGUCUCCCUACGGCGCCCGCACCGG